AUGGCUUCUUCACCCCCGCGACAGAAACGCCGCAAGGCUUCGUGCAAAGAGUUUCAAUGCACCCACGAAGGCUGCGGGAGGACAUAUUCACGUGCCGAACAUCUUCAAAGGCAUCAACUCAAUCACUCCCCCAAAGAGAUCUACUACUGUGACUACCCUGACUGCUCAUUUACGUUUGUCAGAAAAGAUCUCUAUGCCCGUCAUAAACUGAGACAUGAACGGCAAGUCCAGCAAUACGGCAAUGGUCGCCUUUCCCAACGGCCACAGAAGGAGUUUUCGAAAUUGCCUAGGCAGCGUAGUGAGCGAUAUUCGUUUAGUGAGGAUGGCUCAGCUUGGAGCGAUACCCAAGAUGAGGGGAGGGAAGAAUCAGUGAAAGAACGACAGGAUUCAAUGACGCGACCGCCUAUGGAGGUGUCCGGGCUCGAUUCCGGCAGCUCGAAGCAAUUUGGGAUGGGAGGAGGGCUGUCCCGUCAAGAUUCUGGCCAGAGGAAUGAAAUGGGUGGACCAAGCGCCUACUACGGAGAGCAACGACAACUACAGAGCCGCGAAUCAUCACCGGAAAAACAGAACUUGAGUUCUGUGCCCUUUCGGAUUGAACAGAUGCCACCUGCGGACAUGUCCAUGCCUCUGACAAGCCCUGAGCUGACCAGCCGCCCGGAACGCGCUCGAAACCAGUCUUUCGCCAUGCACAACGGGUUAUCGGCGUCGAAUGCCGAGCACAUCAACGUGGAGGAACAGCAUUUCGGGCUUUCUCCAUCAAGUACGGACGAAUUCACCACUUGGCUGUUUACCGGCCAGGGGUUAGGCUCUAAUUACAAUUUCGUGCCCAGUAACUUUGGUAUGGCAGGACAUUCGAAUAAUUUCGGUCAACUAUGUACGGAUUACACAGCUCAGCCAGGCAUGAUGGGUAGUUCUUACGUUGAACCGAUCAACAGUCUAUGGUUCCAAUCAGAACCGAUGGCCAUGGCGACGCCAGUAGUGGAUGUGUCUCAGUUUGGAAAGAACAGCCUUUCGGAACACAAACGACAAGCACUACUGCAUUAUAUGAUGCAGCGUUUCAACGAGAUCAGCUUGCAAGGAAGCAGAUCGGCCGCAGAUAUCAAAGACGAGAUUUUUGGAAGCGAUUCUGAUGCUGAGAAUCAUGUUCUCAGUCACGUCAACGUUGAACGUUAUCUCAACUCGUACUGGGACCAUUUCCACGACCAGCUGCCUAUUCUUCAUCGCCCAACAUUCAUACCCGAGACUGCAAACGACUUUCUUUUGCUGGCUGUGCUCAUUAUGGGUGCCUCGAUGGUUGAUAAGAAGGGACAAUCACAAGACACUGUGGAGAAAAUUUCAAAGUUCACCACCUUUGUCUCGUGGAAUCUGCGUUGGCAAGUUUUCAUGCAUGCUGACUCCCAUCCUCCUGCAAAGCUCUGGGUUAUUCAGACAUUGCUGAUUCUGGAGGUUUACGAAAAAAUGAAUGCGACUCGUGUUCUUCACGAGCGUGCUCAUAUUUAUUUCCCUACAACUCUGUCUCUCAUGCGCAGAGGAAGUGCUUUGACAGGAAAGCAGUCUUCCUAUGUGUCCAGAGUCCCAACACCUAUGGGUAGCCCCAAGAUGGGACAACCUAGAAUGUUCCCCGGCUCGAACCGACCUACCUUCAACUCUUCGCCUGAGAAAUGGUGGGAUCAUUGGAUCGCACAAGAAGCUACACGACGAGCUGCUCUAGCUGCGUUCAUCAUUGACGCUACGCACGCUGCUUUGUUCGGACAUACGCCCACGCUUGUGAUCCAUGAAAUCAAAUUACCACUUCCCUGCGAUAACACUCUAUGGUCUUCCGAUUCACCAUCGGAGAUCGGCUGUGUGGAGUCAAGUCUUCAUGCCAAUGGUGUUACACCAAUCACUUUUCUUGACGGAUUACAACGGACGCUCAAUGGGCAGAGAGUGCGAACAAGCCCAUUUGGAAGAAUAGCACUUCUAGCUGCGCUUCUAUCUGUAACAUGGCAGAUGCACCAGAGAGAUCUGGACCGCUCAACACUCGGAACAGACACAAUACCUGGCGUUCAAGAGCGUUGGCGACCAAAGCUGCUUAGAGCUUUUGAUUGGUGGAAGAAGGACUACGAUGAUGGUGUUGCCCAUGUUAAACAUGCUGCUUUUGAUUGGCAGAGAUUGGGAUUGAGCAACAGAGGCGGAAGUGACGACGGGGAUGCUAUGGAAACACUAGGCACAGUGCUCUAUCAUCUGGGUCAUAUCACGGUUUACAUCAGCAUGCCAGAGCUCUGCAUUUUUGCUGGCGUCCCCCAGAUCCUUGGCAGAACAGUUUCUUCUGUCGAUUGGAGGAGGACCGAGGGUAAGAUCAAGGAGUGGGUGGCGUCGCCUGGAGCCAUUGGUGGAGUUUAUCACGCGUUGCAGCUCAUCCGGCUUAUCCUUCUUCGAGAGGAGCCCAGGAGAGGCAUGACUAGCGAAGCGAGUGGGAUGUCAUCGGCUUUCUCACCGUCUACCUACCCGAAAUACGACGCUGGGAACGAUAAGUUGCUGGUUAGAACCUGGGCUCUGUACUAUGCGUCCUUGGUGCUGUGGGCAUAUGGAUUUGUGCAAGAUGGGAAUAUCGAACCGUUCCCAGAUCAUCUCCAAUACCCUUCCAGCAGCAUUGGAAUUCCAACAAUGGCCACUGAUACGAGUAUUCCUUCGACCUCGAACCGAGGCGCAACCAACACCCCUCAGGGAUCCGAACAAACUCCCAUGUCAUCCAAUAUGGAUUAUGACACGCUGAAGCGCGAUCGCCACGAAGAUCUCCGAACGUAUCUGCAAAUCAUGAUUCCUCCCACAAUCGACUCCAUCAAAGCUUUCCACUUGCACCAAAAUCAAGCUGGCGUUGUUGGAAACCGAAACAAGAUCAUCGGUUUGUUGAGCAUUGUCGACGACGCCUUGUCGAAUACCGGAUGGGAGCUUCUUUCUGAGGCAAGGAAUCGACUGAGGAUGGCUGCGUCUAUGAUGCAGCAGCCUCGGGAGCCACGGAUGUGA